AUGGCGCUUGUCCCUCCCGCGGCGGCUGAAUUAGCGAUAACCCCUACAGACCCGCCGGCUGUUUCGACGCUGAGACACUCGUCUUCCUCGCCGAGAGACCGAUACGAUGCGGCUGCGAUCGAUGAGAAGUCCGACAGCGAUCUCGAGGAUCGUGUAGACGGCGCGGCAGGGCCGGGGGAUGGGCCUGGCAGCAGCAACAGCGACGCUGAGGGCCAGUAUGCGAGGCGCCGCCCCAACGACGACGGCAUCUACUACCCCGAGGGCGGCUUCAAGGCGUGGAUGGUCGUUGUUGGAUCUUGCUUCGGCACUGCCGUCACUCUGGGGAUGAUGAACACAGUCGGUACCAUCCAGGCCUAUGUUCGCGAGCACCAGCUUAAGGAGUACGACGAAGGUACAACCGGAUGGAUCUUCAGUACCUUCAUCUUCCUCGGGUUCUUCGGCGGAGUCCAGGUUGGGCCUGUGUUUGAUGCCCAUGGGCCCAGGAUGCUGAUACUCGCCGGCAGCGUCUGCCUGGGCGCCAGCAUGAUGCUGCUCGGCCUGUGUACGCAGUACUGGCAUUUCAUGCUCUGCUUUGGAAUCCUCGGUGGAAUAGGUGCGUCGUUGAUCUUUACGCCCGCUCUCUCAGCCAUCAGCCACUGGUUCAACGAGAAGAGAGCCACGGCCACUGGUAUAGCUGCCGCAGGUGGCUCUGUCGGCGGGAUCGUUUUCCCUCUCGCCCUACAGAAGCUAUAUACGGUGGUCUCGUUUGCAUGGGCUACACGAAUCGUUGGAUUCCUUGUCAUCUUCUGCUGUGCUGUGACGUUCAUCCUGGUGCGCUCACGCCUGCCUCCGAAGCCUGGACAGUCGGUUAUACCCAGCCUACGCAUCUUACGCGACCCAGCAUAUCUAUUUGUCACCCUGGGGACGUAUUUUAUGGAAUGGGCCCUGUUCGUUCCAAUCGCGUAUAUCACCGCAUUCGCCCUGUCGACCGGCGCCAUGUCCACUGCUUUCUCCUACCAGCUCAUCGCUAUAAUGAACGCGGGAUCCAGCAUUGGCCGAGCCCAUGACUAUCACCCUAUGGCUCCCUGCCUCGCUGCUGACCACCACGCCUUCAUCGGCACCAACCAUCAAAGCACUGUCGAUUGUGUUUGCAUUGAUAUUCGGCUUUGCUUCUGGGUCCAAUGUCUCCCUGGCGCCAGUUGCUUUAUUUGGAGUCGAGCCUGCUGUGUCGGAUGGAAGCUAGGUGUCAAGUUUUAG